CGAAGUUUUCUUUGGCUUGUUUGUUUGUUUGGGUGGUGUUGUUGAUGAGGAGAGCAAAAGCAAGACUGGUUGGAAGGGCGCACACACACACCAGAUGUCAACACCCGAGCACAACAAGAAACCAAAGAUGGGUGACCGCUGGGCACACAUUGACAAGCUUCUGUCCCGCACGGGACCGCUUGCCGUGGAGGGCUUUGAUGAAGCCGUGGGCAUGAUUCGCCCGUUCCUGCAAGACAGUGUUAGGAUCCUGGUCAUCGGCGCCGGUGGCCUGGGCUGCGAGCUCCUCAAGGACCUGGCGCUGAUGGGGUUCCGCAACAUUGAUGUGAUCGACAUGGACACCAUUGACCUCUCAAACCUCAACCGCCAAUUCCUCUUCAGGGAGGCUGACAUUGGGUCGCCAAAGGCAGAGGUUGCCGCCAAGUUCAUUGAGAAGCGCGUGCCGGGCUGCAAGGUCACGCCCCACUUCUCCCGGAUUGAAUCAAAGGACCGGGCCUUUUACAAACAGUUUACUGUUGUUGUGUGCGGUCUCGACUCCAUCGUGGCGCGGCGAUGGGUCAACAGCAUGAUGCACAGUCUGCUGCGCUACGACGAGGCCGGCGAGUUGGACCAGUCGUCGAUGAUUCCGCUCGUCGACGGCGGCACCGAAGGGUUCCAGGGCAAUGCGCGUGUCAUCUUCCCUGGUAUGACGGCGUGCGUGGAGUGCAUGCUGUCACUGUACACACCCCAGGUCAACUUUCCCAUGUGCACCAUCGCCAACACACCCCGUCUCCCUGAACACUGCAUCGAAUUCGCCAGGCUCGUCCUGUGGCCGAAACACCGAGACGAUCAGAUUGACGGCGACAACCCGGAGCACAUCACGUGGCUCUUUGAAAAGGCACGGGAGCGGGCUGCUGAGUUUGGGAUUGGCGGGGUGACGUAUCGGCUGACGCAAGGCGUGACGAAGCGCAUCAUCCCAAAUGUGGCCUCCACCAGCGCCGUCAUUGCCGCUGCAUGCGCAAAUGAGGUCUUCAAGGUCGUCUCAAGCUGCACCAAGUACCUGGACAACAACCUCAUCUUCAACGAUGUGGACGGCGUGUACACGUAUGCAUACAAGUACGACCGUGACCCGGACUGCCUGACGUGCAGCAACAAGCCCGUCGACGUGGCGUGCUCCCCCGAGAUGAGCCUCACCCAUCUCCGCGAAACACUUUGCACCAGCGACAAGUUUCAGCUGCGUGGCCCCGGGCUGACGACGACUGUUGGCGGGAAGAACAAGACACUGUACAUGGCGAGACCAGCAGCCCUCGAGCAGGCAACCCGCCCUAACCUCGACAAGUCCCUCGCAGAGCUUGGGCUGGAGCACAACCAGAUGGUGAAUGUGGUCGAUCCCACCGUGGCUGGCGCCCUUCGCCUUCGCCUGGUGAUGAAGCAGCAGCCAUGAGCAGCAUCGCCCCAUGGCUUUGACAUGCCUUGCUCCAACACCACACAACACCAACAAGACACAAACAAACCACAAGCACAAUGACAGCCACCACGGCCACCAGCAACAACAUCAUUAAACGACACUGAAGCAA